AUGCACAUUCUACUAAGCCUUCUGGGUCUCUCAUGUGCCGAAUUGCAUGGGAAUAUGUCUCAAGCGCUUCGAUUGGAUGCACUACGGCGUUUCUCGGAAGCCGGUGAUGAAAGGGUGCGCUCCACCGGUGAUGAUCUCAUUCCACCUGGACAUGAUGCAUCGGAUUCCGGGUCGCCUAAUUUGACCAAAGUACCAUCUGUGGAUAUCCUUCUCGCCACAGAUUUGGCUGCUCGCGGUUUGGACAUCCCCAAUGUGCAAACAGUGCUGAACUACACACUGCCCCAGACAAUGAAGAAGUAUGUACAUCGUGUGGGCCGAACUGCACGUGCCGCUAAUUCUGGCCGCGCGGUCUCGCUCGUUGGCGAAGGAGAUCGCAAACUUUUGAAGCAGAUCAUGAAGGAGGCACCGUAUCCGGUACAGUCUCGAGUGGUGCCUUCAGAAGUCGUCGCACGUUUCCGUGCAAAAUUGGCCAAAUUGGAUCCGGUGGUCGAGGAAAUAUUAGUUCGCGAAUCGGAAGAAAGGGAGCUCCGGAGUGCGCAAGCUCAGCUACAGAAAGCAGAGGACCUGAUUAGCAAGGGACCCUCGUCAAAGCAAACGGCCGCAUCCACCCGUCAACGGGUCGAUUGGUUUGCCGAUCGCAAAAAGAAACAAAAGGUUGAACCACUGAGUAACAGAACAAUGAAAUCAGCAAAAAGAAAACUACGCCAGAGCAGUGAUUCCGAUUAAGUGGAGGAUGUCGCUUAUAAAUGGAACGGUUCC